AUGUCGUCUUUCUUCACAGCGCCGGCGUCUCAGCGAAAGCGGAAACGGAUAGACGAUCGUUCGGGCAAGCCAGCCAAGCGGCGAGACGUCGAGCGAAAACCUCGAGGCACGGUGAGAUCAGAUGAGCGGCCACGACAGGCGAAGGAGGAGCAGGAGCGAGACGAGUCAAUAUCCGGCAGCGAUUCAGAGGAUGUCGCAGAGACAGUGAGGUUGGCACAGCGGUACCUGGACAAUAUACGAGAGGAAGUGCAGGAGGUCGGCUUCGAUGCAAAAGACUUGGACAAUGACCUCAUUGCGGCGCGGCUGAAGGAAGAUGUGGACGAAGCAAAGGGCCGGCAGUUCAGACUUAUUUGCUCAAAGCUGGAUUUCCGGAAAGCCAGGCAGUGCGCAUUCAGGGCCGACACGCAAUCUACGACCGCCGUCGCCGUAUGUCAACCUUACGCCUACACUGUGAGCAAAGACAAGACGCUGGUCAAGUGGAGACUACGAAACCCGAUUGACUCGAGUAAAGACACCGGGAGACCAGGCAAGAAGCCGCAUGUCGGUAAGACGCGCCCGGAGCAAGUCGCAUACGUCAGAGGUGUCAAAAUCAGAGCAUCAGAGAAGCAGCAGCAUGGUCACACGGGUCCCAUAGUGGCUGUGGCCGCCUCACCCGACGGCAAGUUCGUGGUCACGGGAGGGCAGGAUCGUAUGAUGAUUGUGUGGGCAGCGGAGGAUCUUCGACCGCUAAAGACCUUUACCGUCCAUCGAGACGCCGUCCUCGGAUUGUCAUUCUCGCCGUCUCACUCUCAGGCUGGGAUGGGCCAGCAGUUGUUCUCCGCAAGUGCAGAUCGAAGCAUCAAAUCGUACAGCUUGGCCGGAGAAGAGUCUCUGGCAUAUGUCGAGACCUUGUUCGGUCACCAAGACCAUGUCACAGCAAUCUCUGCAAUGACAGUAGACCAGUGUGUCUCAGUCGGAGCCAGAGAUCGAAGUGCAAGACUGUGGAAAGUCGUGGACGAGACGCAGCUCAAAUUUCUUGGCGACAGUUCGAUGAAAGCAACAUACCAUACCGGAAGUCUCGACUGUGUGGCGGCCCUCCCACCGCAGCAUUUUGUUACUGGCUCCGACUCAGGGGCAAUCACUCUCUGGAGUCAGCAUAGGAAAAAGGCUGUGUUCACGGUGGAAACAGCACAUGGUGUCGACGAGAUACCGCCCUUCGAAGAGAAUACAAGCGAAUCGGAUCCAAAGGUCAUCGAGAGGCUGAAGAAGCACGACCGACGAAGACCUCGUCCGAGAGCCAUAACAGCCUUAGUGGCUUUACCUGGCACCGACGUCAUAUUGAGUGGCAGCUGGGAUGGCUGGAUCCGAGUAUGGAAGCUGAGUGACGAUAAAAGAUCCCUCCUGUCAUUAGGAGUAGUCGGAUCGGAGAACGAGGCUGCAUACAAUGGGACUAACGGCCACACCGCCGACAUUGAGAGCGAGGGGUCGCUGCUCAACGGUAGUGCAGCGAGGGUCGUGGAAAGAGGCCCCAUACGCGGCGUCAUCAAUGGACUAGCAAUAUUUGAGCGACGCAAAGAGCUGAAAGAUGCUUUCGGUGUCACAAGGGAAGGAGAGACUCAAGGAUUGUGCAUAGUGGCUGGGACUGGCAAAGAAUUACGCCUCGGAAGGCAAGCCAAGUUCGAAGGUGGCAGAAAUGGCGCCGUGGUGUUUGAGGUGCCGUUAGCAACGGCUUUGACUUAA